UCGGUGCUGGGCGUUGAGGUGGAGGAUCAGGAGGCGUACCUGUGCAGGUUCAUUGGGCAUCUGAUGGUUCACAGCAUUGAUGGCUGUUGCUUUUGACUGUCUGUCCGGUGUAGUACUUGACCGAGAGCCUCGAGUCAGUCCCUGUGAUGGUGUGCGUCGUACUGUUCACAGUUGCCCGCUUGAGGACAGAGGCUUACGGCACGCGGGUCCUGACCUGGCGCGUGGGCGUAAGUUACGUGCGGUGGACAGGUUCCGUUAUUAUCGCUAGCAACUUAAGGGUGUCGGAGGCGAGGCAGAUGCACGGCAGCACUCGACUGCGCCUGGAGGAGAUCCCUUCCCGAUUGUGUCAAUCGAGGACGCGACGCCUUUAUGAGGUCACGGGGCCGUGUCGCCUGGCAAGUUGUGUUCAAUCAACAUGCAUGGCGUG